AGCUAGCCCCCCCUUUUUACUAGAAUCUAAACACCGUUUUAAAAAAGCUUGGAUAAUUUUGUACAUGGGCUCGCUUAUUGUGUGAAAUCCGAGGGAAAGCGGUUUCUGGGUAUCCUGUAGUGGAUUAUUUCUACUCGUUGAUGAGUUAAAGGGAAAGUGUCUGCCAUGACCACAGACGAGGCGGAGAGCGUUCAUAAGAAGCAGGUGUGCGAGCAGCAGCAGGAAGAGGAGGACCCCGCUGCACAGGAGCCAGGCCCCGCUGACACAGCUCAGGACAGCCCCUCUGGCACCUCGCCGCCCCCUGGGGGCUCGGAGGAGGAGCAGGAGCUAAAGCCACGCCAGCGCACCUCCGCUGGCCGCGGCCUCUCCCGCCUCUUCUCCUCCUUCCUGAAGCGCCGCUCGCAGUGCUCGGACGGCGAGGGGGUGGAGACUGAGAGAGCCCGGGACAAGGGUGGCCAGGAAGAGCCCAAAGCUCCCAUAGCAGACCCCGAGCCAGAACUGCGCAUAGAGGGCGAUGUUGCUCUAGACCAGCACUCAAUCAGCAGUGCUGAAAACCAGCAAAUCGUAGCAGAUCAGAAGGAAGACGCCGAGCUGGAGUCCGGCAAGGCAGAAAAGGGGGAGAAGGGGGAGAAGAAGGAGAAGAAGGAAAAGAAGGAGAAGAAGGAAAAGGAGAAGAAGGAGAAAACAGACAAGGAGAAGUCGGAGAAGAAGGAGAAGCCAGAGAAAAAAGAGAAGGCAGAGAAGAAAGAGAAGAAGGAGAAAAAAGAGAAGAAGGAGAAGAAAAACGAGGACAAGGUCAAAGGAGAGGAGGGAGAGAAAGACAAGGAGUGUGAGAAGGAAAAAGAGAAAGUAGAGGAAGAGGCCAAGCCAGAAGACGCAGGUGCGGCAGAAACAGAGGUAAAGGAGGAAGGAGAAAAAGAGGAAGAGAAACAGGAGGAGAACGUGGUGGAGGAGGAGGAGGAGGAGGAGGGGAAGAAGCAGAAAGCAUCUCGCCGCCCCAGGAUCAUGCACUGCAAAGUCAAGCUGCUGGAUGAUACUCUGUUCGAGUGUGAGCUGGAAAAACAUGCCAAAGGCCAGGAGCUGUUUGCAAAAGUGUGUGACCACCUGAACCUGUUAGAAAAGGACUAUUACGGUCUGGCCAUAUGGGAAACUCCAACCAUAAAGACAUGGCUGGACUUCACCAAGGAGAUCAGACGGCAAGUACAAGGCACUAACUACGAUUUCACAUUCAAUGUGAAGUUCUACCCACCUGAUCCUGCCCAGCUAUCAGAAGACAUCACCAGGUACUACUUGUGUUUGCAGCUGCGGAAGGACAUCAAGAACAGCCGCCUGCCCUGCUCUUUCGUGACCCUGGCCCUGCUGGGAUCUUACGCCCUGCAGUCUGAGCUGGGCGAGUACGACCCCGAGGUGCACGGCACUGACUAUGCCAAGGAGCUCCAGCUCAUCCCAGGACAGACCAAGGAGCUGGAGGAGAAAGUCAUGGAGCUUCACCGCACAUACAGAUCUAUGAGUCCGGCUCAGGCUGAUAUGAUGUUCCUGGAGAAUGCUAAAAAACUGGCCAUGUAUGGGGUUGAUCUCCACCAGGCAAAGGAUCUGGAUGGAGUGGAUAUAAUGCUGGGUGUUUGCUCCAGUGGCCUGAUGGUGUAUAAGGACAAGCUGAGGAUUAAUCGAUUCCCCUGGCCAAAGGUUCUCAAAGUCUCCUACAAACGCAGCAGUUUCUUCAUCAAGAUAAGGCCAUCUGACCUGGAACAUUAUGAAAGCGCCAUUGGCUUUAAACUGCCCAACUACAAGGCCGCCAAGAAACUGUGGAAAGUGUGUGUGGAGCAUCACACAUUCUUCAGGUUGACGUCCACAGAAGCGGCCACCACUCCCAGGAAGUUCCUGGCUCUGGGAUCGAAGUUCCGCUACAGCGGCCGAACUCAAGCCCAGACCCGCCAGGCCAGCUCCAUGAUCGACAGACCCGCUCCUCAUUUCCAGCGCUCCGCCAGUAAGAGGGCGUCUCGCAGCUUAGAUGGAGCCAUGGUCUCGACCCCAGAUAAGAACACCCGUCCCGUCAGCGCUCCCAUCAUGUCUCCCAUCUCCCCAGGGGACAUGGCUCCUUCCCCAGUAGCAUCUGCCGCCCGCACUGACCGUAAAGAGACGUCCACACCCACGGGCCGUCCACGCUCCACUGAGAGGAAGAGUGAGGUGAAGGCAGAGGCCCAUGUGACAGAUGGCUCCAGAACACACAGCACCAAAGCAGAGGGCACACCUGAAAUCAAGACGGUAGCCCGGCGAGAACGGCGGCACCGUGAUGCCCCGGUGGUGACGGCCACCAAUGGGGAGAGAAAGAGCCAGUCGCCACGGGCGGACACAGAGAUGGUGCGCAUGAGGAAGGAUGUGGAUAAGACACAGACAGAAAUCAUGCGUCACAGCAGUAUCAGUGAGCUCAAGCGAAGCUUCAUGGAGUCGGUGCCCGAGCCAAGGCCCAGCGAGUGGGACAAGCGUCUGUCCACCCACUCGCCCUUCCGGACCGCCAGCAUCAACGGCCAGCUGCAGCCCGACUCUCCUGUGGUGAAGACGAAAACGAUCACCAUUUCUGAUGUCACCAACUCACUUCGCAGCGAAAUCCCCAGCAAGGACCUCCCGAUUGUGCAUACAGAGACCAAGACCAUCACAUAUGAGUCUGCACAGCCCAACGCGCUUUCAGAGAAGGAGUCCGGGAUGCUGUUGAGUGCUCAGACCAUCACCUCAGAGACCGUCAGCACCACCACCACAACCCAGAUCACCAAGACGGUGAAAGGCGGGAUCUCAGAGACCCGUAUCGAGAAGAGAAUCGUGAUCACUGGAGACACUGAGAUUGACCAUGAUAAGGCUCUUGCUCAGGCUAUAAAGGAGGCGAAGGAGCAGCACCCUGACAUGUCUGUGACUAAAGUAGUGGUGCAUCAGGAAACAGAGAUCACUCCUGAGUAACUCCGGCGUGAGACACAGGGUGAAAAAAACGAGACCAGUCGGGUUUAUGAAUGUGAAAAAAACAACGCAAGAUCCCUCACAACCAGCCCCUUCCCAUCACGGACAGACUCUUCCUGUAGCAGCACAUGUCCCACCCAGUCAUUGCCAUCUGAGACACCACUUUCCAGACCCUAAACAUCUGUCAGAUCUCAAGCGACUCAUACUGCAAACUGAGCAUCCAGCAGCUACUCCUGUCCAGGGUCCACAAGCAGAAUUCAAAGACCAGUUCUCAUCCACUUCUCAACUUUUUCAAAAAACCUUCUUGACCUCCACCACGUCAGAGACAUUCCAUGACGGACUGAACCAUGUUACAAAAUCCUUUUCUAAAACAGUGGCUAAAGAACUUUUUAUCUCAGAUUCAUACUGUAUUUUUAGGGUGGAUUCCAAAGGGAAAGUUCACAUUAUAACAACUGUGCGGCGGGAUAUUUCUAAAGUGUCAUUUUGUUGUUGUUGUUGAUUUUUUUUUUUGUUUGAAAUUGGUUGAUUAUCUGUCAUGAUCUUAAAGGGCAUGUUCACCCACCCAAAAUUCAAAUUCGUCAUUUAGUUAUGCAAAGCUAAAUUUUAGGAUUUUCUUUUCUCCGUGAAGCAAAAAUGAGAAGUUUAGCAGAAUGUUCACACUGCUCUUUUCCAUUCUUUUUCAAGAAAAUGGAAGACUUAAAUUCAGGGAUAAUUCACCCAAAAAAGAAAAUUCUGUCAUCAUUUACUCUAUGUCAUUCCAAACCUGUUUGACUUACCUUUUUGAAAGAUAUUUAAUUGAUCCUCAAUUAUUUCAUUGGGGAAUAUUUCAUCGAUUAAAUGACAAUUGUUCCUUAAAACCAUGAUAUGAUGUCUUAGGACUUGGAUUAUGGUACAUGAGGCACAUGACUACUUUUUUUGACACUUUUAUGGUGCUCACUUUUGGAACGUUUUUCGCUUUCAUUGUAUGGAAAGGAAGCUUGAACAUUUUGCUAAACAAAUGAAUUCCUCAGAUGUAAGAAAGGUUUGGGAAAACAUGAGUCAACUGAGAGUAAAUUACAUCAUUUUUAUUUAUUUUUUGGGGUUAACUGUUCUUAGUCCAGAGGUCCAUCCUGUUGUAAAGUCCCCUAUUUUAUGUUCCUCUUAAAUGUGAAAGUAUUAUUUUGUUCUCGGUGUAAAAAUAAUGUUAUUUUCAUUCAGAAUGCUGGAGCAAUUUCAGAUGUCCUCUUGUGUUUUAAAGUUACUUUGCAUAUUUGUUGAAGGUUUGUAUAAUUUUUAUUUUGAUUUGUUGGUGACGUCGUCCUGUGUCAUCAUGGAUUGGGGGUCCGAUGAAGAUGGGGUGGGGUAUUGUAGUGAAACUACACUCUAUGAUAUUUAUAUUUAUUUUCAUCAGUCUUGUUUCUCAUUUGUGUGUACUUUGCAUUUUAUUUGCCCUGCUCUCUUAAAUGCAGCUUUGAUGUUUUUGUAUUAGAUCCAGAAUCCCAAACACCAGCUCCCGCCAGUUUUUAAAUGAGAUUUGCAGGGAUAACUUUGCUCAUUUUCAGUAUAUUUCUACUUUUCUACUAGAGGGGGCAGUAUGUUCUUACCCAUGUGGUCUACAGCAGAUCUGCAGAGCCUUCAAAAACGAGCAUCCACACACAACCUGAAGUGGUUUUAGAUGAAUUGGAAUCGAUUAGCCAGGAAUGGAGCUAAUUAGCAAUUAUGGUAAUUAAUUGUGCCAAGCGUGAAUCUAAAAGCGAUCAGGCAGAUUCUACAGCAAAUUAAAAUGAUUUUCAGUCAUUCAUUCAGACAUUCAAAUGCCUUUAAAUGACUUUAAAGGUCACGACUGACAAUUCUGGAGCGGUAAUUCAAUUCUAGAAAAUCUAAGUGGGAAUUUGAGGAUUUUAUUUUGUGCAUCAACACUGCCGGUGGCUUAAAAGCAUACUGCCCCACCUCAAAUUGACGAAUCCAGCACGUCCAGUUUUUAAAUGUCUAUUUUAAAAAUGUUACGCUUUUAUAAUAGUUCAAAUAGUAUUCUGUACAGAGACCGAGGUGUUGUAGUUCGUUCAGUGUGUUGUUUUCUUCAUUGUGGCACUCCUUUCCUAUGCUAGUCUGGGGUGAAGAAAAGAAACGAAUCGUAUGCUUGUCCUCAGAGGUUCUCUUUCUUCUCAUCACACCCCUUUUUCUUUUGCCAUCACUGGAAAAAAGACAUAUGUACAACAUAGCACCAUGCACUGAAUAAACUCCAACUUAGACACAUUC